CCAAUCAGGCGGCGACGACGUUGCCAACGUUCUAGAUUAGUGUCGAUGCUCUGAUUCUGAGAGCGGCGCAGGAUUGAUGCUCGAUCUCGAGAGCUAUAAAUUCCAUGCACAUGCUUCGGGUUCUCAUCAUUCGGUAGUCUGCAAGCUACAAGCAUUCUGUAAAGCAAUUUGUCGGAUCGAGAUACUUGAAUUGCUGUCUUAGAUUUUCGAUCGCCGUCUGGAGGUGGUUUUGGGAGAAUUCGCGAGGGUUUUUUGAUUCGAGGUGAACUAUGGCGUUGAUUCCGCGAGCGUUCGGUAGCACCGGGCUCGACCCGUUCUUUGGGAGCAGCAUUUUCGACCCUUUUGAGAGCCUGUCUGGAAGUCUGUUCGAUCGGGCCUUCCCGACGUUGGACAAAGAUGUGAGCGCAGUCGCCAACACUCGUGUCGACUGGAUGGAGACUCCGGAGACCCAUGUCUUCAAAGCAGAUCUUCCUGGCAUGAAGAAGGACGAGAUCAAGAUUCAAGUGGCGGACGAUGGGGUCUUGAGCAUCAGUGGAGAACGCAACAGGGAGAAAGUGGACGAGAAGGACAACUACCGACGAACUGAGCGUUCCUUCGGAAAAUUCUUCCGGCAGUUCAGACUGCCAUCAAAUGCCAAGCCUCACGAGAUUUCCGCCAAAGUGGAGAACGGUGUGUUGACAGUGACGGUGCCCAAGACUGAAGAGGCCAUGAAGAAAUCAAAAGUUCGAAACGUGGAAAUCACCGGCUAGAGCUCCAGAUCCCCGCAGGCGGUGGUGUACAUUCUGCGAGUCCUUUGUGCAUGAUCUGAAUAGUGCAGUUUCUCUUCACUUUGAACGGAAAUCGUUUGGAAGUGUGAGUAGACAUUCGAGUGGUAGUGACCUUCGGUGUAGUUGCUAUCAAACAAUACGACGUCCGAGCAGUGAACGAUCAAAUUUCCCGACAGAAGUAGAUGCGGGUUUACAUGCUCUAGAAUUCAGAAGAUUUGACAUGUAAGAGCCUAAUUGUCAGUGCAUCCUACGUAUAAUAAAGCAUUAGUUUCAGCGUAUACAUGACCAA